AUGAGGCAACUACGUAUUGUAUUUCUUGGAGCCGAGCGUGUAGGGAAAACGAGUAUUAUCAAACAAUUUCUGUACGGAUCGUUUCAAGAAGUGACUGAGUCAACUCUUGGAAACUCUUACAAUGAAACUAUUUGCCUUCCUAAUGGUUUAUUUCAACAAGUUCAAAUCAUCGAUACUUCAGGCAGCAAUGAGUUUCCCGCCAUGAGAGACGUCAGUAUUAGGAAUGGAGACUAUUUUGUUGUAAUGUAUGCAGUAGAUAACCCUCAGUCCUUUGAUCAGGCCCACACACUUGUUCAAAAAGUCAAAGACAUAAAAGGAAAAGACUUCAGCAGAAUUAUUCUAGUUGGAAACAAGAUAGACAAGACAAGUGCUAGACAAGUAACUACAGAGGAAGUUUUGAAGAAAUCAGUUACCGAGGAAAUGCUCUGUUUCACUGAAACAAGCGCCAAACUAAACUGUAACAUUAGAUGUCUUUUCCAAAUUAUCUUAAGAAACUAUGUGAAGUCGGAUGAUUUGUAUUUCAAGAAGAAAAACAGAAAGAUAUCAAAAUGUAAAGUUAAGAGUAUAACUGGUUCCUGUUUUAAAGCUAAGAAAACCUCCGUGCAAAAUCUUGUGUAUUCACUUUAUACUAAAAAUAAAUAUUUACAUGUAUGUCCAGCUUAA